AUGUCUGCUGCCAAAACAUCGAAAGGCACGCUUGAUUCUCAGGAUGCAAUUUUGUUCAGCGGCGCAUUCGACGAGUCUCUGAGUUGGGGUAUGGAUCAAGAGAGCGAGCGUGCCAGACUGGCUUGCAAGAUGGCCGAGAAUGAAUGGGAAGGUCGCAUUGACGGCGUGCUACGCAUGGAAGCCGGCUUUGAAAUUAUCCUAUGUGACUUUGAGCGUGAUCUAACUCCCGUGCGAAUCACGCAGGCCAAGCAGAGCUCGGAGACACAACGUGGGCAUCCAGGUAACCGUAACCAUGGCGACCGGGAUGAUCCUCGCAAAGAGGGUGAUGGCAAGUACCACAGCGGUCAUAGUCCAAGAAAUGAAGAGGAUGUUCGAAAGGGACAUGGCCGUGGUGGACCUGGAAGCAACCCCAAUUUGUCGCGAUGGAUGCGUGCUAUCACCGCACACUAUAACGGAAUCGGUGGAAAUCGGGUCUCACUGAACUACAACCACUUUGUGACAGCCUUCUCUCACAACAUAGAGCUGUUCCAAGACAAUUCGACCCUGCCCCGACUUACCAGCGUCUCUCCUCAGGCGAUUACGGAUAUGGUCGUGACUCGGUACAGCAAGGAGCUGUCAUACUUUGUUUCCGGUAGCAUUGAUUCAAUUGAGCAUCUCUACGCCGAGAUUGAGCGUGUUCUGUCUCCAUUUGUUGACUAUAGUGAGCGAGAUGAUGUCGCUGAGAUUGAGCGUUGUGCGACUCAGUUCUUGUCGUCGUCAUCUUUGGAAGAUGGGGAUGUUGCAGCGCAGGCUGUUCACGGUGUUGCUCGCAGGAUCUGCUCGUCUUUGAUUGAGGCUAGGAAGGAGAAGGGGCUUGAUUCUGCGGUCCAGAUUAUUCAAAAUCUGGUUCUUUAUCUUGACUGGGCGACGUGGAAGGAGUGCCGGGGCUGUGCAGCGAAUGAGAUUUGUGUCGUGCCUAUUUGGCCCAUGGGUUCGAUCCAGGACUAUAAUAACCCUCAGUGCAAGGAUGCUUCAAAUCCAUACGAUGAGAGUGAAGAGAGUUACUGGGGUGGAAUGCACAGCUAA